AGUCCGCUUGGUCACUUUAACUGUUUAGACUACGUUACCCAUGAUGCACCUCGGUAUCUGUACUUCCGGUUGGGAACGUGUUCAGCGCAGUUCUGCACAGAUGAGAGGUGUGUCGGAGGUGUCGGAGGAUUAACGUUUUUCCUUGCAUUCGUGUGUGUGUUAACCCUGUGUGCGUGCUUAUCAUAUGACCACACACACUCAUAUACACACUCACACUCCCUUUACCUGCAUGUGAAUGCUGUAAUGCCAUCGCUUCCCCACCAAAGCUGUACAUCCUGUUGAUGUCAUCUGCCACCUCCUUAUUAAAGUUAUUUGAACUACGUCACUGUGGAGUACCAUUCCUUCUGACCGAGGACGACUCAGUUGAAGCGUGAUCGGCAAUCAGUGCAAACAUACAUAACAAGUGGUCCUUCGAGCCGGAUUGCCUUGGCUGAGUUAAUGAGAUGGCAAACCCUCAGGAUAGAGGUGCAUCGAGUAGCCCCCGUCCAAAGCGGGAGAAGAAACUUCCGGGACAUCUGGUGGACUAUGAGCACAACCUAACUGAGCCAUCCGAGCCAUCUAGAGCUCCAAGUAGUUCAAGCAGCUCCGAUAAUGAAGAGGAGGAGAGAUGGCAGAAGAUGGAAUCAGUCUGGAACAGUGUCCUCCAUCACAUGACUCAAUUGCAGGUAUCUAUGGAGGAAACUCGUGGGACAUUACUAAAGCGGGUGGAGCGUUUGGAGCAGGCUUCUAAACCUGGCAGUCCUCUCCCCCCAGAAACAGGAGCGUUAGAACAACUCCAACCUAGUUCCUCCAUAACAGAAGUUGCACCACUACAACCUAGCAGUGAGGUGUUACAUCACACCACAGAGCCAGUAACUGUGCCAGUAAUACCUUCAGAGCAGGACACCACAACACCUGUGAACAUGCUGACGCCAGUGGAAACAUCCGCUCCAUCACCUCCGUGUGAAGUGAGCCUUCACACUCAGCCAGUGCUGCACCCUGCCACUUAUGUAGCCGCAUCGACACCACUCAGGAGACCUGAACGAUGCACUGCUGAACCCUUCUCAUAUCAGCGAUCGGAACAUCAGCUCCUUAUAAACAGGCCAGACCAAGUGCAGCUAUUACAUCCUGCAUCCCCAGCUGAUCAGCCACUACAACCUGCUCAUCUUUCAGUACACCAGCUAUCACAGGCUGUGGACCCAGUGAGUCUGCAGCAGACGUCGCAUCCCGCUGCUCCCGUCCUCCAAGCCAGACAUCCAGCUAAUCCUGUGUACUUGCAGCAACCACCACAUCCUGCUGAUCCUACCUACCAACCUUCACGUCCACCAGAACUUGCGACCCAGCCAUCACAGUGGGCAGAAGCUCAUGGCCCUAUGCCCAACAUACUGCAUCCUGAAGCUUUGCAUGAUCCAGCUGGCAAAUACUAUGUUCCUUAUCCCUCAGGAAGUAACUUUCCAUCAUCUUCCUCUGCUGAACACCAUAAUCCACAGGUUGCCACAACUUACCCAGCAGGAACGCCUCUACCAAACCUGAUGGAGAUGAUGGUAGCGUCUUCAUAUGGCAUUCCAAAGCCUAAGCUGGUGAUCUUCAGGUCGGGCAGAGAGAGUGACUUCGCCUUAUUAAAGAAAGGGCUGGACAGCACCUUAGGGCCACAUUCUCAUCUGGGAGAAGAUUACAAGUUUCAGGUCCUAUUAGAUCAUCUAGAGCAUCCCAGCGCCCUACAGGUAGCCAAGCGCUACAUUCACGACCGCACUCCUAUACUAGUGCAAUGA